CGGCCUUCUUUUCAUGAAUAGAUCAUCUAUCUGCUUUCUCUCCUGGCAAAAACUUUCCAGGUUCUCCCCUCGUUCAACCACCCAAGCUGUCAUAUCUCCCUUUCAUGGCUUUCUCGUCCCAACAACUAUUAUUUUCUAGCCAAUUUUCCCUUCCUUGCCCCCGAACACCACCAAAUAGAAAUCUCAAAGCCAUCCCAAGAGCAGCUCUAAGAGAAUGGAAAGAGUACGAGGAUGCUGUGAAAAGAAAAGACCUUGCCAGAGCUCUUAGGUUCUUGAAAUCCAAAGAAACUCAGACAAACAAUGAUAGUUUAGCUGAUUCAGUUAACGGGUCUUUCUCAAAUGACUCAGCGACUCGGUCUGGACUCGGUGACCUGGGUUUGUUUGAUGUGUUAGAGAGGGAUUGGGAGGUUUUGGACACUUGUUUGAAUGCUGAUGAUAUGAGACUCGUUUCCAGUGCGUACGGGUUCCUCAAGAACAGGGGGUUCUUGCCCAGUUUUGGAAAAUUUAGCAACAUUGUUUUGGAAGGACCUAGGGAAGUUACACCAAUCUUGUUGCAGUCUUCUACUGGUCUAGAAGUGACAAAACUUUCACCAAAGAAGUGGGGUGCAACUGGGAUCUCAAGCCUUGUGUUCAUUGCGUUUACUGGAGGAGCAAACUUUCUUGUUGACCGAGGGAUUGAUAUCAGAGUUAACCUCGCGGCUAUCUUAGGAUUGGCCUUUUUAGACUCUAUCUUCCUUGGCGGAGCUUGUUUAGCUCAAAUCUCAAGCUACUGGCCCCCGAAUAAGCGUCGAAUCUUAGUUCACGAAGCAGGUCAUCUUUUGGUAGCAUAUCUUAUGGGUUGUCCGGUUCGAGGUGUAAUUUUAGACCCCAUGGUUGCAAUGCAAAUGGGCACUCAAGGGCAGGCAGGAACUCAGUUUUGGGAUGAAAAGCUGAGUAAUGAGCUUGCUGAAGGGAAACUCAGUGGCACUUCGUUUGACAGGUACUGCAUGGUGCUUUUUGCUGGCAUUGCAGCUGAAGCUCUGGUUUACGGCGAGGCAGAGGGUGGAGAAAAUGAUGAAAACCUAUUUAGGAGUACCUGUGUUCUUCUGCAACCCCCAUUAUCUGUAGCCCAGAUGUCAAAUCAAGCAAGGUGGUCUGUUCUACAAUCUUUUAAUUUGUUAAAAUGGCAUAGGGAUGCUCAUCGAGCUGCUGUUAAAGCAUUAGAAAGUGGUGGCAGUCUAAGUGUUGUAAUUAGGAGGAUUGAGGAAGCUAUGUCUUCCGGUUGAUGAGGUGACUGUUGAUUUUUGUUCCACGUUGUUUUUAAGGACAUGAUGGGCCUUGUGGCAAGAAAUCGAAAGUUGAAUUGGUUUCAUAUGGCUUCAUUUGCUCCUCUCUUCUCCUGCCGCUUAAUUGCCCUAAUUGAUGGUCUCAGUUACUCUUUCUCGAGCUCUAUGAUAGGAUAAUAAAAAAAGGGAGCAAAAAUAGGGUGAGAAGUGGGAUUAAAUGGAGACGGAUUUAUGCAGUACACAGGCCUAAGUUAUAACUGAAGCACUCUAGAGAUUGAUACAAGUGUCAGGCCGUCCUAAUCUGCAAACGUUUUUGAAGUUAGUCCAACUGUUAGCUGCGUGCAAGUAUUUUCAGUUUCUUACCACAAAGCAAGCACUACACUAGGAAACCUGUCAACUUCCAACUUUUCAAUCUGGUUCAACAUUUAGUAUUGAAUAGAAGAAAUAAUGGUAAACAACAGACCAAGAUCCUCUAGCAUUUGCUGUGGGGCAGAGCAACAACUGUAAUUCUUUCUUAAUUGUUUCCCCUGUAAGUGUGAUUUUACUGGAUAUGUACGUUUUCCAUUUGGAUUGUCCGUGGUGUUUGUAUCAGGAUCAUCAGUUAUACAUGCAUGCUGUAAAUGAGAUAAAUCAUUAUUGACGAUA